AUGUGAUUAUUUGGCAGCUUCAAACAGCAACAGACAUGUACAUUAAAAGCUCAGGUCUCUUCAACAGGUCAUUUACUGGAGAGAGUAAGCUGGGAAACAAUUUUAGUUCUAUCUGGUUAUUAUUGUGCUAAAACACUGUAAAAUGUGAUGAUAUGGAUGAUGUCAGCUCUGUCAUUUAUGUUCAGUAUUUCUGAGUUUGCUUUUAUUUCUUUGUAGAUUUUUCAUAAAUAUUUACAACACAAACAAUAAAAAAUGACCGUCACUCCAACCAAUACAUUGCUUCAUGCUUUUUCAUGAUUACAGAGGUACAGCUGUCAUAAUGCCAACUUGAUCAUUUGUUUCACAACAGCCAACUUUUAGGUAAAAGGCUAUAGUCUUCAACUCUUUUGAUGGCUUGUACAGACAUAUGAUCACAGAUGGUUUAUUUAUAGCUCCAGUGCAUUAUUUAGAAGCUCACGAGUCUUAGGAUGUUGCUUUAUCUGUUAGUUAAAACAUUUAUUUUUACAAUAUUUGAAUUAUUUGAGCCUAUAUUAGUUGGAUUUUCUGCAUAUAAAAACUUCCAUGUUGUCAUGCAUAUUAUUAAUGUGGCCACCUUUGAACACCCCUUGGCCCCCCCCCACCAGUGAACAAUUCCUAGAACCGCCACUGCUAACCAGCCUGAACAAUAGCAAAACAAUGACAUGCAAACCAAUGGGAAACAAGGGGCAAUAAAACAGGAUGAGACACAGGAAUAAUCAGAUCAGCUCCAAGACUCAGAUUGUGAAAUUAUUUCAAAUAACUCCAAUAAUCCAACUUUAACUCGUGGCUGAUUUACUAUCAGCCAGGGGAAAGCAGAGAUUAACAUUAAAAACACUGAAAACACCAACAUUCAAUAAAGUUUGCAUAGAAGUAUUCAGCUUAAUGGUCGGUCGCAUACAGUUCACAGCACAUUGAUUUAAAACAGUGACGAUCUUGGAUCGUUCUUCUUCUAACCUACUUUAUCCUGCCCAGACUAUUAGAAAAAUAACAAAAGAGACGAGUUUACUUGAUUGACUCUUCUCCCGUUCAGGAACGAGGUUACGAGAAUUCACGCCUCCAUGAAGGACUCAGAAAGUUGUCGUCUUUUCCUCCUUCAGGAAAAAUUAAGAUGAACUGCGAUUCAGAAAAACAAGGAGGCAGGGUCCUCGGAAAAUCCUUAGUUGGAUGAGAAAGGAAAAAGUUAACUUGUUCUGCAAUUUCCAUUCAGGCCCCUUUACUCUGAUUCCCCUAAAUUAAAUCCAGUGAAACCAGUUGUCUCCAGAAGUCUCAAAUAUCAAGUCCACCUGUGAUUUAAUCUGAGGAUGAAUGUUGAGAAGUUUGGUGACAAAAUAAUGUCAUUAAUUCAGUUUUCAAUAUAUUUUCUUUGUAAUGAAGAUCAGUUUGUUAUUCAGACACUAUUGAUGAUGCAUUUCAGAACCUCAUCUCAGGUUCUGAUCUGUGUUUGUGGGUCAGGCGAGCUCGCAGACAGGAUGUGAAGCAUGGAGACCCCUGGAGUCAGUGUCCAGUCACAGAGGAAGAUCCAGACUCUGUGGAGGUGAAGGUGGUGUAUGGUGUUGAAGGAAACUCCACGUUCCUGGAGUGCGUUCCUCGGUCGCUGCAGGCUGAGCUCAGCUGGACGGUGCAGCUGUCAGAGAGUCAGCAGAAAACUGUCAGACAGCUCCCUCUCAAUGAUGAGGUCCGCUUCCUCCGCAUGAAGAGAGGGUUGCUGGUUCAACACCUGGAGCUGGCUGACUCAGGCCUCUACACCUGCAGCAGUCAGGAGCACUCCUACAGCCAGGUCCUGGGCCGGUACCGAGUUCAUAUCAUCCCCAACCACAGCCUGCAUGUGGCCCGCUACCUGCUGAACCUCAGUCCCAACGACCCGGACCUCCUGAGCCUGGUGAGGACCGGUCCAACUGGAGGAGUCGCUGCUGGGUUUCUUGGUCAGUCUGAGGACACCUCUCUGCUGGGACACAGGAACUCAUGGCUGCCUCCUCUGAGGAGCUACAAAGACCUGGAGAUGGUGGGAACCAACAGUCUGAGCGUGGACGAGUACUGCGAGCACCUGUGGUACCGGGAGAAACGCAGGCAGCAGAAACUUCGCACUCUGAAGCUGAGACAGGAGAGCCGGAAAGCUCGGGUCAGGAGGAACAACCCCCCUGAGAUCCCCCUUUAGUCCUCCGAAGGACUCAGGGACUUUUUAAGGACAACAGAACCUGCAUAUCCAGGUGGGACAGACGGGUCGCAUGGAGACAGGAAGUACUGUAACAUCAGCUGCUUCACAGUAUUAUUCAGCCUUAAAAUAUUAAAAAGGGAAGUGAUGCAUCA